AUGAGUAGAUACCCUUCUGUAUGGGAACACACCUCAAACAUCCUCAUCACCCUCACAUACAGCAACAACGACAGCCUUUCUAAAAUGUCAUUAUCUCAAAUUUGUAUGGUAUCAUACAUAAUAUUAUACAAAAAUCCAUUCUGCAUUUGCCCUCCCCACCAUCCCCUUCCUGAGCCCAAGCCCUACUACUCACACCGCAACGCAAGCACCCUCAGCCGCUUUCCUGCUCAAAGCUUUCCAACCGUACCGUUACGUGAAGAAAACCACUUCUUCGCCACCGCGUCCUGCGGUAGAAGGUCUGUGGGGGCCGGGGUUGGUGCUCUUUUCUUGUAUUCGUUGCUAGAGCGAAAAUACUCCUUAACCGGGAGGGACCUUCAUAGUUCAUGCCUGGGCUUGUUUGCUUACUUGGGCGCGACUCCGUGUGUUCGACAUUUUUCUAUACCAUCAAGUUUCUCAGUAUGA